AUGACGGCCCCACACACUAUAGGGGAGGCCCUCCUCAUCCCCAAGACCUUUCAGUCGCAACAGAGCCUGGACGAGAUAGUGGAGAGGUACAAGAACCUUCGACUGCACGGUCUUCAAGUUGACCCGAGAUCGUUCAGCUCAACAUAUGAGAUAGAGUCCCAGUUUUCCCCUGCGAUAUGGCGAUCUCGGCUUCAGAACCCGGCGGGCCAGACAUUCGUCUCAGUCGCCGAUUCUGACAAACAAUAUAUCCACAUCGAUACUGCGAUACCUACAGAGCUCGGAGACUCAGAUACAUCGCUCCAACGGCUACUCAGAAAAGACUGGGUCGGCAUUGUCACACUGCUAGGCCCAGUCCUGUACAAGCCAGACGCUGAUGGAGGGACACUCACCAAGCCAUGGGAUGUAUUUAUCAGGGAUCGAAAAUAUGAUAUUCCUCAGUCUGCUCUGGAUGGAAAUACUAAAAAAGAGGACAUUGCUUACUUGGUUGUUGCGAUGUUUGUGUUGCCCGAUGAACGGCGAAAGAGGCAUGCUUCUCGGUUGCUUGAAACUCUGAUCCAGACUGUCCGAGAAGAUGCUCGUGCUCGUGAGGUAUCCAAGGCGAGCAUAACAAUUCAGGUUGAACCAGAUAAUGGUGCUGCGCAGGGACUGUAUGAAAAGUUGGGGUUUGAGGUGUGUGACAAGGCGCUUCCGCUGGAAAAUAGGCGCGGAGAGACAAAUCACGUGGUUUCACUGGUGAUGGAGAUUGAUCUGACAUGA